UCCUGUCUCCCAGCUCCUAUAGCUGAGCUGCCGACACCAGAGUGAGGAUGGUCAGGCCCUUGGAGCAGGCGGUGGCCGCCAUUGUGACUACCUUCCAGGAAUAUGCCAUGCGCGGCGGGGAUGAGCACAAGCUCUGCCAGGCGGAGCUCAAGGAGCUGCUACAGAAGGAGCUGCCUACCUUCACCCCGACGGAAUUUCGAGAGUGUGACUACAAUAAAUUCAUGAGUGUCCUGGACACCAACAAGGAUUGCCAGGUGGACUUUAUGGAGUACGUGCGCUCACUGGCCUGCCUGUGCACCUAUUGCCACGAGUACUUCAAGAACUGCCCCCGGGAGCCCCCCUGCUCCGAGUAGCCUCUUCCAGAGCUCUGUCAGGGGCCUGCUGGGGACCUGCUCCAGCUUGGCCCUGAGGUGGGCUGUCACCCUCUCCUCCCUCCCCUCUCUCCUGCCCCUCUCCACCUGGAACCUCCCAGGUUUGCCCCUGAUAGAGUAACCCGUUUGAC